AUGAAGGGCGACGGAAGGUGCUUGAAACUCUUUCUUGCAUUUUCGAUCCUUUUCCUACAAAACGUAAAAGGAGGAGAAGUUGGCCACAACCACAACCACAGCCACAGCCUCAGAGAUGCUAAAGUGACAGUGAGGUGCAUAGAGAGGGAAAGGCAAGCACUACUUGCAUUCAAACGUGGCCUGGUGGAUGAGUUCAAUCAUCUCUCUUCUUGGGGUUCAGAAGCCGAAAAACAAGAUUGUUGCAGAUGGGAAGGAGUCUACUGUAGCAACCAAACUGGCCAUGUGAUUCAACUUGAUCUUGGAUAUUCUGUCCCUGAAUAUUCUUUCCAAGGUAAGAUGAUUAGUCCUAAACUGAUUGAGUUGCAGCAUUUACAAUAUUUGCACCUUGCAUCCAUUGAUUUCAAUGAGAGCCAAAUUCCUGAUUUCAUUGGUUCUCUAACCAAUCUAAGAAACCUCAGUCUCAGUUCCUGUAAUUUGGUUGGUCAAAUUCCAAGUUCGUUCGGAAACCUCACGCAAUUGCAAAAUCUCGACCUCAGCUAUAAUCAGCUUCAACCAGAAAAUCUCAAUUGGCUCCCUGCUCUUUCUUCUUUAACGUAUUUGGACCUAAGCGGAAACAAUCUCAGUACUGUUUUCGAUUGGCCAGAAGCAGUACUUAAUAAGCUCCCUAAACUAGUAGAGUUGAGAUUGGUGAACUGUAGUCUUCCUCCUCCUCCUACUCCAAUUCUUUCCACUACUCUUUACAAAACAAAUUCUUCUACAUCUCUUGAAAAUGUUUAUCUCUCUGAUAACCAUCUCACUUCGUCAAUAUUUCUUUGGUUGUCCAACUACAGUACAAGCCUUGUUUUUCUUGACCUCUCCUACAAUAAUCUAACUGGUUCCAUUCCCGAUUUCAUUGGAAACAUGAGCUCUCUUGUGCAUCUGGAUCUCUCUGACAACCAGAUUGAAGGAGCGAAUCCAAAUUCGUUUGCAAGGCUGUGUAAUUUGCGAACAUUGUGGCUUCAAACAAAUCAUCUGAGUGGACAAUUAUCCAAGUUUGUUCAACUAUUGCCUAGAUGUGCUCAAAACUCAUUAGAGGAUUUGCAACUCUCUGAGAACGUUCUUGCGGGGUCAUUAAACAAUCUUACAAGCUUCUCAUCUUUGAAAGCCUUGUAUCUUGACGCCAAUCAAUUAAGCGGAAAAAUACCUGAAAGUGUUGGGCAAAUGUCCCAACUGUAUGACAUUGAUUUCAGCAUGAACUCUUUGGAAGGGGUGGUUUCAGAAACUCAUUUCUCAAAACUCUCCGAAUUACAAUAUUUGGAUUUAUCCUUUAACUCACUGGUUUUAAAUUUCGAUUCUGAUUGGGUUCCUCCCUUCCAGUUGAGUGACCUAAAUUUGGCGUCCUGCAAGGUCGGUCCUCUUUUCCCAAAAUGGCUUCAAACUCAAAAUGAUUCUUCCCAGCUUGAUAUUUCAAAUGCUGGAAUUUCUGAUGUCCUUCCAAGUUGGUUUUGGAGAAAUUUUCGUCGCGCAUACGUUAUUAAUCUCUCACAGAACCUGAUCAGAGGAAUAUUUUCAGAUUUGGUAGUGAAGUUUACAGACCUAGCGUUAGAUCCAAAUUAUCCCUUAACUCGAGCACGAGCCUCACAUCUGGAUCUCUCUAAUAAUAACAUUUCAGGGUCACUUUCUUUCCUAUGUGAAUGUCCAGAUAUGACUUUAACAUAUGUUAAUCUUUCAAGCAACAGUUUUUCUGGAGAACUUCCAGAUUGCUGGAGCGAUUUGGAUACUCUAGUCAUGCUUGAUUUGAGUAACAACUCUUUUUCCGGAAAAAUUCCCAUGACAAUAGGCUCUUUACUUCAAAUGCAAACUUUGAAAUUAAGAAGCAACCAAUUUGUUGGAGAAUUGCCUUCAUCGUUGAAAAACUGCACAAGUUUAGAAGUUAUUGAUAUGGGAUAUAAUAAAUUAUCAGGACCAAUACCUAAAUGGUUAGGUGGGAGCUUCAAGAAUUUGGUUAUCCUGAUGCUUUCCACUAAUCACUUCAAUGGAAGCAUGCCCUCACAAUUAUGCCAUCUAACACACAUUCAAAUUAUGGAUUUCUCCAUGAACAACAUCUCUGGAAGCAUACCAAAAUGCCUCAACAAUUUGACUACUCUGGCUCAAAAAGGAAAUUCAAUUCUAUCCAGCACACAUACUUAUUUUAGAUUUACACAUAGGCCUAUUUAUCAAGAAAAUUUUAUUUAUGAGGAUGAUGCAAGCUUCAUAUGGAAAGGAAUAAUGCGGACAUACAAAAGCACUUUGCGCCUUGUGAAGAGAAUUGAUCUCUCAAGCAAUAGAUUAACAGGGGAGAUUCCAAGUGAAAUCACUCAUCUUGUUGAGUUGGUUUCUUUAAACCUUUCAAGAAACCAGUUAACAGGUCAAAUAACUCCAGAGAUUGGAAACUUGCAGUCAUUGGAUUCUCUUGAUUUGUCAAGAAACCACAUAGAUGGAAGUAUUCCGACAAGCCUUGCUCGGAUAGAUCGUCUUAGUUUCUUGGACUUGUCAUAUAACAACUUGUCUGGCAAAAUACCAACAGGCACUCAACUCCAAAGCUUUGAUCCCCUUGAUUAUGCUGAAAAUCCUCAACUUUGUGGACCUCCACUUAAAAUGUGUGCGGAACAAAAUGAGCAAAUUGACUUGAGCAAUGAAGAAGAUAAGGAUGAGUUUAUAACACUGGGAUUUUACAUCAGUAUGGGGAUUGGGUUUUUUGCUGGAUUUUGGGGAGUUUGCGGCACUUUGAUAUUCAACAGGCCAUGGAGAUACGCAUACUUCAAGUUCUUGAAUAAUUUAAAUGAUUGGCUUUAUGUGAGGAUAGCUUUGAUCAAACGGCAACUAAAGCUAGCAUAUGCUUAA